AUGAACGUGCAAUGUCAUGCGUGCAUCGGAGGCACCAACGUUGGCGAAGACAUACGCAAACUCGAUUACGGCCAGCAUGUUGUCUCUGGCACUCCAGGACGUGUAGCCGACAUGAUUCGCCGCCGAAACCUCCGCACACGCAACAUCAAGAUGUUGGUUCUCGACGAGGCUGACGAGCUUCUCAACCGCGGUUUCCGCGAGCAAAUCUACGAUGUAUAUCGAUACCUGCCACCCGCAACUCAGGUCGUAGUGGUCUCUGCUACUCUCCCAUACGAUGUCCUCGAGAUGACGACCAAGUUCAUGACAGAUCCUGUGCGCAUUCUGGUGAAGCGUGACGAAUUGACUCUUGAAGGCUUAAAGCAGUACUUCAUCGCCAUCGAGAAGGAAGAAUGGAAAUUCGACACUCUAUGCGAUCUCUACGACACACUCACCAUCACGCAAGCCGUCAUCUUCUGCAACACGCGCCGGAAGGUCGACUGGCUGACGGACAAGAUGCGCGAGGCAAACUUCACAGUGUCCUCCAUGCACGGAGACAUGCCCCAACGGGAACGCGACAGUAUCAUGCAGGACUUUCGUCAGGCCAACUCGCGCGUGCUCAUCUCGACGGACGUCUGGGCUCGCGGUAUCGAUGUCCAACAAGUUUCCCUCGUCAUCAACUACGACCUCCCCUCCAACCGUGAGAACUAUAUCCACAGAAUCGGUCGCAGUGGACGGUUUGGACGCAAAGGUGUGGCUAUCAACUUUGUGACCCAGGAGGACGUGCGCAUCCUUCGUGACAUUGAGUGUAAGCAACUCAACCUAUUUACUCGACAUCCCAGACCUGACAAGCACAGUGUACUACUCCACCCAAAUCGACGAGAUGCCUAUGAACGUUGCCGACCUCCUCGCCUAAGGCCAUCCUGUUGGGCAAGGAGAAAUCGCGUAUAG